CUCCGGUCCUCGGAGCUCCCAGGCUCCUAGGCCACCCCGCAGCAGGCACCUGCGCAGCGGGCCCCUGGGCACCAGGCGCCCGCUGCCAAGAUGAUGGAGCUGUUGGUGGUGUCGUUAUCCUUGGCGCUCGCCUUCUUUGCGCUGCUGGACGGCUGGUACUUGGUGCGCGUGCCGUGUGCCGUUCUGCGCGCACGCUUGCUGCAGCCUCGGGUCCGCGACUUGUUGGCGGAGCAGUUGUAUGCCGGCCGGGUGCUGCCGUCGGACCUGGACCUGCUGCUGCACAUGAAUAACGCGCGCUACCUGCGCGAGGCGGAUGUGGCACGCGCCGCGCACCUGACCCGCUGCGGUGUGCUGGGGGCGCUGCGCGACCUGGGCGCGCACACGGUGCUGGCCGCCUCGUGCGCGCGCUAUCGCCGCUCGCUGCGCCUGUUUGAGCCGUUCGAAGUACACACGCGACUGCUAGGCUGGGACGACCGCGCCUUCUACCUGGAGGCGCGCUUUGUCAGCCUUCGCGAUGGUUUCGUGUGCGCCUUGCUGCGUUUCCGGCAGCACGUGCUGGGCACCUCGCCGGAUCGAGUAGUACAGCACUUGUGCAAGCGCAGGGUGGAGCCCCCUGAGCUGCCAGAAGACUUGAAGCAUUGGAUCACCUACAAUGAGACCAGCAGCCAGCUGCUCCGUGCUGAGAGUGGCCUCAGUGACAGAAAGGACCAGUGACUGCCAGCCACAUCUGCACCCUCCUUGCCUUGCCUGUCAGCCAGUCCAUUCCAUGGAAUGGGCCGCCGGGGGCGGGGGGGGGGGUUCACUCCUAACCAGAAUGGCCUUGGACAAAGCCUGGCUUCUUUUACCCGCUUGACACUCCCCUGUGCUUGCCUCAUCUUGGCAGCUGGUGGGGUGGACGUUGUCGUCCCGGCCUACCUCUGCCUCCUGGGUCCCUAUAGCAAGACUGUUCUAGUGUGUCCAGAUGCACAGGAUCCUGGAGUAGAAGGGUCAAAAGAAUCCAAACUCAGGGCUGCUUGUGGCUAUGCAAGCCAGAGUAGUCCUGGGUGUGGCUGGGGCCUGCAGCUUACUCAGGGACAGUGGGCCAUCUGGAGGGUCACCUUAUAUCAGGGAAGCUAGGCUAGAACCAGCUCAAGGGCCCUUGAGAACACAGAAGGGCAAGUGGACGCUGGUUGUUGGCUGCAAUUCUGGUGAUACCCACCACUUUUAAGAGUGUAUACCCUGUCUAGGCACCAAGCCUAAGGGGACACUCAGAAAUGAGGGCAAGGAGCCCUGGUGUAGGGGGUCCCAUGACUAUGCCUAGCACCUGCCCUGUCAGCUCAGGGAGAGGCCAGCUGCUUGAAGCUAGGAACUGCCUCCUCGAUACCUCUCUGGGAACCACACCUGGAGCCAGAGCCAAAAGCUUCAUGGAUGCCCUAACCCCCUCCUGCACCCCACCCUCACCCCCACCCCCACGAUGCUAUGCUCGCCUUAGUGCUAUCAAGGGGAAAGCUGCAAUCCGUUUUAUUUAAAGAAAGCACAAGAUUAAAAAGAGUUUUCAAGGCA